UCGCGGGGGGCAGGGAAUGAGGGCACCUGGCGGGGAAGCCGGGGGGUGCCCACGUAAAUGAGCUACAGGGCCAGAAUAAGGCGCGCGGGGCUCGGCUGCCUGUGCCUGUAACGUGCGGAGUGUGCGCACGCCGCAGGUGUCGUUCGGGCACCUGCGCCCGCCGGUGGCCGCUGGCAGCGGAUUCCGCGCUGAGCGUGCGAGCUCUUUGUGGCGGGGGCUGGCCGGGCCGCUCGGGCGCCCACUCCUCCGCCAGCGCCCUGGGGGAUGGCCGAGGGGAGGGUCUGGACGAGCGAGCCGCAGCCCCCUUUUCUGGCCCUGGCAGCGGCCAGGUCCCGAGGUGUGAUGUGCCCGUUUGUUGUCCGUGGCACGCAAUCAUGACCCGGUGUCCAGAAGCCAUCGGAGGCCGUGACACGGUGGGAAGCAAGCGUGGGGCAACGUGGGACAAGCUCAGGAGAGAGAACCUAAAUUGCUAGUGAGUCUAUGAGAAACACACGUUUACAUUCACCCAGCGAAAACUGUCAUGUCUGAUCGCAGCCCAUGUGGGGGCCAAACAGGACGCCGAGGUGUCUGGAGUGCAGAGCUGUCGGGCAGCGCAGUCCGGCUCCCAGGAGCCCCUCCGCUCGGGACUGCCCUCCCCUCUCCCUCAGCUCGCCCUUCUCUACUAAGAGCAGAAAAUGAGCAGGUCCCAGGAAAAGGAUAUAUUAUUACAGGAACGAGUGUCAUUCAGAGAUGUAUGUGUGGACUUCACCCGGGAAGAGUGGUGCCUUCUGGACCCUGCUCAGAAGGUGCUAUACAGGGACGUGAUCCUCGAAAAUUACAGCCACCUUGUCUCAGUGGGCUAUUGUAUUACUAAGCCAGAAGUGAUCUUCAAGAUAGAGCAAGGAGAAGAGCCCUGGAUAGUAGAGGAGGCAUUCCCAAGCCAGUGCUGCCCCGAAGACUGGAAAGUUGAUGACCUGAUAGAGAGCAGCCAGGAAAAUCAAGAUGAACAGUUUUGGCAGCUUGCUUUUACCACCAACCAAACGUUAAAUGUAGCAAGCAGUGAUAGAGUAAGAAAAACUUUCAGUCUGGGUCCAGAACCUUAUUCUUCAAGAAAUUUUCCAUGUAACAUAUGUGACUCGUGUGAAAUGGGUCUGAAAAAUAUUUCAGGCUUAGUUAUUAGUAGGAAAAACUAUUCCAGAAAGAAGCUCGAUGAGUUUAAUGUAUAUGAGAAACUUCUCCUUGACAUUAGGCAUGAGAAAACUCCUAUUGCAGGGAAGUCUUCCAAAUACAGUAAGAAAAGGAAUAGCCUCAGUGGUAGCCAGGAUCUCCUUCAGCCAAUUUUUGACCAACCUUAUGAGUAUAAUGAACGUGGACCGGGCUUCCACGAGGCAGCUUUUUUUGCAAGUAAGAGAGCUCAGAUGAGAGAGACACUCUAUAAGUAUGAUGGAUGUGGAAGACCCUUCAUCCAAAGUUUAAAGCUCAGUUUAUCUCAGAGAACUGACUUGGAAAUGGAGCCAUGUGAAUGCAGUAUUUGUGGAAAGUCCUUCUACAUGAAUUUAAGAUUGGGACAUCAGAGAGCUCCCACAGGGGAUACUCCUUGUGAAUGUAAUGACUACGGACAGAUAUUCUGUGACAAUUCAGCCUUCAUUAUCCGACAGGGAGCUUACACAAGAAAAAUUCCCCAUGAGUAUAAAGUCAGUCACAAAACUUGGGAAAAGGCAGCCCUCUUUAAACAUCAGAUAGUGCAUAUAGGGGGGAAACCUUAUGAAUGCAGUACAAAUGGAAUUAAUUUCAGCAAGAAGUCACAUCUCACCCAGCUUCGGAGAGCACAUUCAGGAGAAAAAACCUUUGAAUGUGGUGAAUGUGGGAAAACAUUCUGGGAGAAAUCAAAUCUCACUCAGCAUCAGAGAACACACACAGGAGAAAAGCCCUAUGAAUGUUCAGAGUGUGGGAAGUCCUUUUGUCAGAAACCACACCUCACCAACCAUCAGCGAACGCAUACAGGAGAAAAACCCUAUGAAUGUAAACAGUGUGGAAAAACGUUCUGUGUGAAAUCAAACCUCACUGAACAUCAGAGGACGCACACGGGGGAGAAGCCUUACGAAUGUAAUUCAUGUGGGAAAUCCUUCUGUCACAGAUCAGCCUUAACUGUACAUCAGAGAACACACACAGGCGAGAAACCCUUUAUAUGUAAUGAGUGCGGGAAAUCCUUUUGUGUCAAGUCAAACCUCAUUGUACAUCAAAGAACUCACACAGGGGAGAAACCUUACAAGUGUAAUGAGUGUGGGAAAACCUUCUGUGAGAAAUCGGCUCUCACUAAACAUCAGAGAACUCACACGGGGGAGAAACCCUAUGAGUGUAAUGGGUGUGGGAAAACCUUUAGUCAGAGGUCAGUACUCACUAAACAUCAGAGAAUUCACACAAGGGUGAAAGCUCUUUCAACAUCUUGAAUGUUCAGAAGCCUUUACCCUCCUGUCUUAGUAGUAUACACUUCCAGAAAAUAAAGUUAAUGAAACCCAAAGAAUGCCACAAGUUAAUGGGAAGUGAUGUUUCAUUGUACUUUGGAUGAUAAUAGAAUAAAACCUUAAUGUUUUGAGUGUGAAAGCCUUCAAGUAAAGUCAAAACUUUGUAUCAGGAAAUUUAUACUGAGGAAAUGUAUUAAGUAAUGUAGUAAAAACUAUGUAGAAUUUAUGUUGUGUGCUAUAUUCUGGAUAUGAUCCAAGUUUUUAUUGUAAGUAUAAUGGAUGAUAUGCUUUGAUGACCAUAUUUACAGUGGAACCUGAAGCUUUAAAAAGGUUGGCAACAGCACUAAACAUACAUGUAUGAGUCCCUGAUGUUUGCAGGCCUUAUUUGAGUAUGUGAAUCUAAUAGGAGCUUGGGGUCUGUUUGAUUUGUAUUAGAAGCCAACAUGCUUGUGAAGAGAAAAUAUGAACCCUUAGUUAACUGUUACGGUUUGUAUUAGUAUUUUCCACACUAAAUGCCACAGUGUUUUUAUAGAUUAACAUACAUGUAAAUAUUUUUGUACUGCCUAUCCCCACACAUGAUUAGAGGUAUGCCAGAGUAAGCUCACAGUAGCUUGUAAAUAGUGCAUUUGUUAUGUCUUCAGGAAUUGUAUGUGCCAGUUGUUGAACAGUCGAUCAAAAAAUUAAAUUAUAAAACUUAAACCAAUACAUGAAGAACAAAGGUAACAGCUCAACAUUCAUCCCUUCCUAGUUACUUUGCUGCGUUGUGCUGUUUUUGUUCUCCAGGUUACUUACUGAAUCUGCACUGUGAAAUACUGUGUGAUGUGCUAUCUAAUGUGGGAGCUCACCAUGGAAAUGGACAAACUUUAGAAAUCAGGAUUUUUAUUUUCUUGGAGAAACUUUUGUCAAACAUCUGCCAGCACACCACUGAAUAUGUGUGCAAAUACAUUCGGACGAUUCAAGAUACAGACCACACCUCCCUCUUUCCUGUCACAAAUGACUCGGCCAUUGCUCAGUGGCCUCAUCAAUACCGAAGUCAAAAUAGGUUUUUGUGAGGUUUAAAUACCUCUGCGGCCAGUCGUAUUUUAAAUACUGGUAGUGUGUCCAGUAGGUGCUCUUUCACAGCCUCACCACCCACCUUCCCUCUGGCCUUGCUGCGGCAUAUGAAUGAGUAUGGCCAUUAUUACUGAACUUCCACUUCUAUAAGGAAACAGUAUUUUUGCAAGACUUCUCAUCUGCUUCCGGUUCAGUCGAUAAGGUAAAUGUUAAUAGCAAUGGUUUUGCAAAGGUUGACAUCUGUUCCGUACAGUAAUAUUGCCCUCUACAAACAAGGGUUGUCCUAGAAUGUCACUUUCCCCACACUCGGGGUGUUUCAUUGCUGUAUGUAGGCAUGGCGUAUGUAACCCAAGGUGUGUGCGACCCAGGAACUGUGUGUGCUUAAUAACAGCGUCACACAUUGUCCCUCUCCUCUGCCCUACUGUUUGCCAUGUUUCCUUGGAAUACACUGGUUGAUGCUGCUUGCCAGACUGCUUAUCUGUUCUUUCUUCAGAUGAUUUAGGGGUAAAUCUGAGUUACUCAUGGAGGUUCUGUUCUGCUUGUGUUUGGGUGAGCACGUGAGCAGCGAGAUGUUUGGAAAACACUCAGCAUUGCUUCUGGUAAGAUCUCAAUGAGGAGAUCGUGGCGUGAGCAGGGCGCUUUUCUGCUGGACAGCUUCGUGUCUGUUAGCUACAUCAGAUGCCGCUUGCAGCCCCACAGGGUGAUAGCCUGAAGAUAGCAGCACCAGGAUGGGAGAGCCUGGAGCAGCACAGCUCUGGCCUGCUGUCUCCCAGGACUUGGCAUCACUGUGGUGAUGACCUUUGUCCUCAUACUGGCCGUUGCUUAGAGCUGGCUGUGGUCCCCUUGACCCAGACGCAUGCUUUCCUGAGUGUUAGAUGUUCUCGACAGUAACUUGGGGGAGGGAUUAUUUCAACAAGUUAAAAGAGGGCUGGCUAUUUCUGUCAGCCGUGGUCCUGGUGUAGAACUGCCCCAUCUCAGCAUCUGAACAGCAGACCUACCAACGUGGUGUGGAUCGAAAGCCGGGGAUCUUGCAGUCCCUGGGAACCAGCACUGCAGGGAGCCACUGCUACUCAGAGCUCUGCACGGGCAUCCCCAGGGUGCUGUCACGAGGGCCAGCUUUAGGAGACACUGCCACCAGCCGCCUGUGGCACCGAGUUUGGUGGGCACAGAAGGUGGGGAGAAAUUCUGGGUGGGACCGAUGGAGAGUAAGCAGCACAGUGCUUUUAAUGCUUGUAAAUCCCUGUGUCCGCUCUCAGUAUUAGAAAUAA